AUGUUUAAAAGAAAAGACCAUUUUUAUAGAAUAAACGCCUUUCAGGUUUCUUUCUCUUUCUCUCUCUCUCUCUCUCUCUCUCUCUCUCUCUCUCUUCCCUCCCUUUUUCUAAACUGUGUUCUUUUUUCUUUUCUUUUUCCUUUUUUUUUCCUUUUUCUUAUCAUUUUUCUUUUCUAUUUUCUUUUUCUUUUUUCUUUCUUUUACUUUUCUUUCUUUCUUUUUUCUUUUCUAUUUUCUUUUUUCUUUUCUUUUUUCUUUUUCCUUUUACUUUUUCUUUACCUUUUUUCUUUUUCCUUUCUUUUUUCUUUUUCUUUUUCUUUCUUUUUCUUUUCUUUUUUCUUUUUCCUUUUACUUUUUCAUUUUCUUUUUUCUUUUCUUUUUUCUUAUUUCUUUCUUUUUCUUUUCUUUCUUUUUUCUUUUCUAUUUUCUUCUUCUUUUCUUUUUCUUUUUCUUUUUCUUUUUUCUUUCUUUUUCUUUUCUUUUUUCUUUUCUUUUUCAUUUUUCUUUCUUUUUCUUUUCUUUCUUUCUUUUUUUCUCUUCUAUUUUCUUUUUUCUUUUUCGUUUUACUUUUUCUUUACCUUUUUCAUUUUUUUCUUUUUUUCUUUUCUUUUUUCUUUUUCUUUUUUCUUUCUUUUUCUUUUCUUUUUUCUUUUCUUUUUUCUUUUUCGUUUUACUUUUUCUUUUUCUUUCUUAUUUCUUUCUUUUCUUUUUCUUUUCUUUCUUUUUUCUUUUCUAUUUUCUUUUGCUUUUCUUUUUCUUUUUUUUUCUUUCUUUUUCUUUUCUUUUUUCUUUCCUUUUUUCUUUUUCGUUUUACUUCUUCUUUACCUUCUUCUUUUCUUUUUCUUUUCUUUUUUCUUUUUUCUUUUUCUUUUCUUUUUUCUUUUCACUUUUUCUUUUUUCUUUUCUUUUUUUCUUAUUUCUUUCUUUUUCUUUUUCUUUUCUUUCCUUUUUCUUUUCUAUUUUCUUUUUCUUUUUUCUUUUCUUUUUCUUUUUUCUUUUCUUUUUCUUUUCAUUCCUUUUUUCUUUCUUUUUCUUUUCCUUCUUUUUCUUUUCUUUCUUUCUUUUUUCGUUUCUAUUUUCUUUUCUUUUCUUUUUCUUUUCUUUUUCUUUCCUUUUUUCUCUUUUCUUUUUCUUUUCUUUUUUUGUAAAAAAGAUAUUACUGCUAAAAGAAUUAAAGUCUCUCUCUUUCUCUCUCUCUCUCUCUCUCUUUCUCUCUCUCCCUCACACACACACACAAUAUUAUAUCUUCGGUGUUUUUUUUUCCCAUCUAAUGUCUUUCAUUUUUUUUCUUUUUUCUUUCUCUCUUUCUUUCUUUCUUUCUUUCUUUCUUUCUUGCUUUAUUUCAUCUUUCUUUCUUUCUUUCUUUCGUUCAAACUUCCAUUCCUUCUCUUCCUAUUUUCCUUAUGGCCUUCUAUUUUUUUUCUCCGAUCACACUUCCUUUUUCUGUACGCUAAUUUUUUCUUUCUUUCUCCAUCAUUUCUCUUUCUUUCUUUCUUUCUUUCUUUCUUUCUUUCUUUCUUUCUUUCUUUCUUUCUUUCUUUCUUCAUCAUUUCUCUUUCUUUCUUUCUUUCUUUCUUUCUUUCUUUCUUUCUCCAUCAUUUCUCUUUCUUUCUUUCUCCAUCAUUUCUCUUUCUUUCUUUCUUUCUUUCUUUCUUUCUUUCUUUCUUUCUUUCAAUUCCUUCUCACUUUCUGUUUUUUUCUUCUUCCCAUACUUGCUUCUUAUUUUCUUUCUUUUUUUCGUACAUGGACGUAAAUGAAAGAAGUCUUCUCUCUCUCUCUCUCUCUCUCUCUCUCUCUCUCUCUCUCUCUCUCUCCAUUUUACUUUCUUCUCUCUUACUACCUCCCUCUCACGACCUUUUCUUCUUAUUGUCUUUCUCUUUCUCUCUCUUUCUCGUUCCCCUCACUCAUUCACCUCUUCUCUCUCUCCCGUUACCUCUCUCCCUCUCCCUAGUUCUCUCUUUCUUUCUCGCUCCCCUCUAUUCUUCACCUCUCUCUCUCUCUCUCUCUCUCUCUCUCUGA